AUGAGACAGCAGUUAGUACGGCUGGUGAGUCUGGGCCGGGUGCCGUAUGCUGAAGUUCUGGAGCAGCAGGAGUGCUGGCUGAGGCGGCUGCAAGCAGAGCCAGGCACCGAGGCCUGGUCGGGGAUUGAAGCAGGCGCGCUCCUUCUCAGUGAGCCCGCGGGGCCUGUAUACACAGCCGGAUUGCGCGGCGGCCUGACACCAGAAGAGGCAGCGCGGCUGCGGUCCUUAGGUGCCGAGGUGCGCGCCACCGGCCGUGGCGGUCUGGCCACAUUCCACGGCCCAGGCCAGCUGCUUUGCCAUCCAGUGCUUGAUUUGAGGCGCUUGGGUUUGCGUCUGCGCACUCACGUGGCAGCCCUGGAGGCGUGCGCUGUGCGCCUAUGUGAGCUCCAGGGCCUGCGGACCGCGCACGCUAGACCUCCGCCGUACACUGGCGUUUGGCUAGGUGAUUUCAAGAUCUGCGCUAUAGGAGUCCGCUGCGGAAGGCACAUCACAUCCCACGGACUGGCUCUGAACUGCUGUACGGACCUGAAGUGGUUUGAGCAUAUUGUCCCCUGUGGGCUGGUGGGGACAGGCGUGACUUCCCUGAGUAAGGAGCUCCAGAGAUAUGUCACUGUGAAUGAAGUAAUGCCACUUUUCCUUGAGGCCUUUAUGGAGACUUACAAGUGCACAUUGACUUCAGAGGACAACAUCAACUGA